CCCAUAUUUAAGGAUGGCUUGGAUAAAAUAUACCAAAAUGAAAAAAGGACCAUUAAUCUUAGCAGUACACUCUGUUUAUAGUGAAUAAGCCAUAGGUGCAGCAGUUAAAGAGUUAACUGCUCUGGUGUAGGCGUGUGUUGCUCUAAGCCAAUGAGCUGCUGAAAUGUGGUGCAGGGUCCCGCCUGCCAUCUCCGUCUGAGAGAGCACAGGCUUUUCCUUCUCUCUCUCGCGAAUCCUCCAUGAGCACGCUAGCAAGGAAAAAGACACGGCGAUUCACUGAAACGAGGUAUGGAAAAAAAAUAAUAUAAACGGGAGAGUUAGCACUCGCUGCUUAUGAACGAUCGUUUUAUCGUAUGUGUACUGCUAAGACAAGUAACUAGCUGGUUCCUUUUACAUUGUUUGGUCGACGAAGGUCGGGAGUUAGAGACGACGCCAUUUCAUCAUUCCUGCGCCAUCUCGCGCUGCUCCGCCUUUCUUUUCUGAGAUCGGUCAGGUUUUUUUUGUUUCCCUUUGUAUCUUCCUUUUGAUGCAUUGCAACGGAUCCGGUAAUCGAUGGCGAGCCAACCCCGUUGAUGGACCAAUUGACUUUGUUCUGUGCUGCACAGCAGAGUGUGGUAGGCCAGUUGCAACAAAACAAAAACACACCACGCCACUUUGAACUUGCUGUUCCCUUUCUUCACACACAUCCCCCUGGACUUACGGACGGUUUAUUUUAAGGACUUUUCACGGACUCUAUACAUCCCACGAACAGGAAGGGAAGUGGGUGUGGGCGGUUGGAUACAUGUUUCCAGCUUAAUGGUUGUUGUACUUUAUUAACAAAGUCUAUGAAGAUACAACCAAGUGUUGUUAUUUGGAUUUUGCUAAUUGAUAUUGUGGUUCAUUUUGGAAGUGAACUUUGUACAUUUAGAAGGGUGCACCCAGGUAAGUUUUCUUUUUGUAAAGUGAUUACUGUGAUUGUGCCACAGGGUUGUCACUGAGGAAAAUACUGGUACCAAAAACAGAGACUUUUAUUUGUAAUGUUUUGUAUGUUUGUCAUAUUUUCUUUCUUUUGUUUCUCGAUGAGUAAAAAUACAAAGCUGGCAUUUUCAAAACUCACAGUUGCCUGAGUCUCAUUCAGUUUGCCUCUCCUGUACGUAGCCGAACCUACUGGUCCAGAGCAGUGAGCUCUUUUGCAUCAAAUUUGGGUGAAGUACCUUUUGGUCUUAGAGUAUUUGAGGCACAUGAGUGUUACAGUUGGCGAGCCAGCCAGGAGUUAUUGUGAAACUGCAUGAGACUCAUCUUAUUAAAUAUUACAACAAUAAGAAACAAUCAAAACUGAAGUCUGUUAAAAUGGACAUAGUACUUAAAGAGGCAAUUAAAAUCCCUAACUCAGUAAUCAUAAAAGGGCUUACCAACAGUGACCUUGAUGAAGAAGUAGCUAUUUACCUGGGGAAACACGGUUCAGUUAACCGUCACAUCCGCAUAGAUGAUCCGCAUUCUCAGUUUCACAGGCAGAUGAUAGCUGAGUUCAAUCAUGCCAGUGCAAUGGACACUUUAAACCCCCUUUUGCCACAUACUAUCCAAAGCUCUGCUCAGCCUGAAAUCACAUUUGAAAUCAGGAGUUUAGCUGAGGUGUAUGCAGCAAAUGCAAGGGAUGUCACCAGAGCAUACAUGAAACAACUGUCUGAAAUGGCUAACCUGAGUGGACACUCACUAGAGGAUAUGCUCAAAGAGGGGCUAGCUAAUUUAAACGCGCCUCCUCUAUCCUCUCAGCCUACAGUUUCUCCCCCUGCUAACAGAGGUGAGACAAGCUCGUAUGUACAGGGUGACCAUUCCUCCGAUCAACCUGCUGUUGAUUCUUCACAGUCUAAGGAUCCGACUCCAACCUUAAACCAAAACCUGAUCGAUCUUAACUUGCCGACACAGUUCUAUCCCACACUUGAGCUUAAUCCGCCAAGUGUCCAGCGGGUAGUAGUUGAACAUGUAGUGCGCAGUAGUGAAAUCUCUUCACACUCGCCCAUGCCAAGUAGGUUUAGAGCCUUCUCUGGGCGCAUCCCCCGCCCAAACAAUGAAGCAGAUUACGAUACAUGGCGCACAAGUAUUGAAGUCCUCAUAAAUGACCCAGCCGUUUCUGACUUGAACUGCACACAAAGAAUACUUGACAGCCUUCUGUCGCCUGCUACAGACAUCACAAAGCAUUUAGGCCCAGAUGCUAAACCCCCUGAGUACCUGAAAGUACUGGACUCUGCGUUUGGAGCUGUCGAAGAUGGUGAUGAGCUUUAUGCAAGAUUUAUGAACACGCUUCAGAAUGAAGGAGAAAGACCAUCAGCCUAUUUGCAAAGGUUACAUGUUUGUCUGACAAAAGCUAUGCGGCGCGGGGGUGUCAGUGUGUCAGAUUUUGACAAGCAAUUGUUAAAGCAAUUCCUUCGUGGCUGUUGGGAGGACAGUCUCAUCAGUGACCUCCAGCUAGGACAAAGGAAAGAGAGUCCACCUUCGUUUUCUGAGUUACUCUUGCUUUUACGCACGGAAGAAGACAAGCAAGCUUCAAAAGUCAGCCGUAUGAGACAACAUCUUGGUCAGAGCAAACCUGGCCCUAACAAUCCAAAGCACCGGGCCAUGUCAAAUGUACAAACCAUAAGUAGCAGUGAAUCAGACUUUGAUGUGUUAAAGAAACAGAUAGCUGAUUUGAGUGCACAACUUAACAGUUGGAAAAUGGAAAGUCAAAACCAAAAUCAGCCCAAGCAGUCAAAGUCAAAGUGCCAAACAAUUAAUGCCAAAGUUGAGGCCUGCCCCAUGAAAAAGAAGGUUUCAGCCACACAGAGCCUUGCUAAAACCAAUCCAAAACCGCGCCCUUGGUACUGCUUUUACUGUGGUGAGGACGGUCACAUUGCCUCAUCGUGUGAAAACGAACCAAAUCCGUCCUUAGUUGCCACAAAGAAGAAACAGCUGAAAGAAAGACAAUCCAGUUGGGAAGCUUCAACUAGGGCCAGUGAUGAGCCACGUUUAAACUAAUCCCAGCCUCCAGUGUGGGACAAGUGGGGGCUGCGGGA